AUGGCCGGUGGCGGGUUGCACGGCAGCUCCCAACCCACCUGCUCUUUCCACCACGGCAUGCCGCCCGCUGCUUGCGCUGCCACGGGGCCUGCUGGGAGGGGCGCGGUGGGGACGGUUGCGAGAGAAGCAGAUGGGCAGCGAGUGACAGCGCCUGAGAAAACGGUCAGGGGGGGCACUGACGAGGUGAGAGGAGAUAAGACAGUGUCGUUGAAUGUGCUUAUAGGGAGGGGAACGCCAGAGAAGACGAAGAAAGAGGAAAAGGGCAUGGGCGUGACGGUAUCGGGAAGGAAGGAGGAGUGGGGUGCACAAGGGGACAGGGGCGAGAAAGUGGUCUCCGUGAACGUGCUUAUAGGGAGGGGCACACUGGGACGGGCUCGGAGUGAAACGGGGAGAGGGCGAGGGAACAUAAGUGGGAAGGAGUGGGAGGGGUCAGAGGGCGGCAAAGUGGUGUCGAUGAACGUGCUGAUCGGGUGCGAGGUGGAGGAGAACGGACGCACGGAGGCGAGCAGGUGGAAGGAGGGCACCCGCGCAGAGGGAGGCACCCGCGCAGAGGGGGGCACCCGCGCAGAGGGGGGCCACCAGCUGCAUGCUGUGGGCGGCUGUGAGGGCAGAGGCGGUGAGGGCAGAGGCGGUGAGGGCAGAGGCGGUGAGGGCAGAGGCGGUGAGGGCAGAGGCGGUGAGAGCAGAGGCGGUGAGAGCAGGUGGGAAGGCAGCGAGGCGACAAGGCAUGGGCAGCAAGAGGGAGAGGGGGGCUGGCGGGACGGCGUGGCAGGCGCCUCUGUUGGCGCUGCUAGGGCGGGCGGAGGGGCUUGCAGCAGUGCGGGUGACAUGGUGGCGGUGGGGCAGGGCGGAGAGGACGAGAGGGGGCGAGAUGGGAAUGGAUGUAGAGGCAUCGAGGGGAAAAGGCAUGGGGGUUUGGGCGGAAACAGUGAGAGGAAUAGCGAGGGAGAGGAGGGUGUGGGCGGGGAUAGGGAUAGAGAUUGUGAGGGAGGGAGGGACUCGGGGGAGGAGCUGCUGGUGGUGGUGAGGACGAGGGGCGAGGGGGCGAGAGAGAGAGAAGGGUGCAUGGAGAGCGAUGAGGAGAGUGAGGUAGCUGUGCGAGCACGUGGAGGUGUGCAGUGGGCGGGAGUGGGGGAGGCUGCAGGAGAAGCACCAAGUGGAGCAGGGGUGGGAGCAGAAGGUGAGGAAGCAGUGAGGGGGCAGUGGAGGGAUGCAGUGGAGCAGCGGCGUGCACGUGUGGGCACGAGAGCAGCGGGCAACGAGCGCCCACCACGGCUGACUGCUGGCGGCCCAACAGCUGCGCAUGCCUUGCUGCGUGCAUCCACCGCAACAGCCAUGACUGCGUUCUCACCUAAUGGCCUGCCAACGCCUGCCGCUGCUCCACCUCACAUCCCUCCGCCCCAACGCUCUGCCGCCACCCACCCAGCAUUGCCCCCUCGCCCUCCGCCUCCUGCUGCUGCCCCCCUUCCACUCCUCCGCCUGCCCCCUCCACCUGCUGCCCAGCCCCAGGUCAGCAGGCCUCACGCUGCCAGGCUGCCCUGCAGGGGCGCACAGCCAUCGCACUCUGCUGCCGCGCCUCCUCACUCCAACGCCCCGCCUCUGCCCUGCCCGCUUCCUCCUCGUGUGCCCACACUCCCACUCCUCACCCUUCCCACGCCUCUCCCACAUUGCACGCCCUCGUGUCCCACUCCCAUUCUGCCAACACCCCAAGCCACCCUUGAAGAGACUCCCAAGUCCCCCCCUUUGGCUCGCCCAGCCGUGGACGCGUCCAGAUGUGCCGGCCUGGUGGGCGCUGCCUCGUUUGGGCCGCGCCUCGUGGUGCUCGCCCUGCCCGCAGCUGUGCGCAUGGGAGCUGACGCUGUGAGGGGGGCAGUGAAGGUGGAGGGAAAGAGAGCAGUAAGAGCUGUGGUGAAAGAGGGAGAGAGGGCAGGGGGAGGUGAGAGGAGAGCGAGGGGUGAGAGGGAGGUGGGAGGAGUGGAUGGAAGGAGUGGCAGGGUGGUGAAGGAGCGAGGCCGGUGGGACGAGGCGCGAGAUCAGGUGAAGGAGAGGACGGGGCAGGCAGGGGGGGAGGUGAGGAGAGGGAAGAGGCGUGCGGAGAAGGGGGUGGAGAGGGGGCGAUGGGAAUGGGAGGGGUGGGCGAUGAAGCGCGGGCGAGUGGCUCGAGGCAACGCACGCAAGGGGAUGCUGCCUGCCGUGCCCACUUGGGGGGAUGGUGGGGACGGCCCCAUGGGUGCUCGCUCACAUGCUCAUGCUCAUGCUGUCACCACUGGGGCCAAUGGCUGCGAGGGCCGCGUCGUCGCUUAUCCGUGCAACACCUCCCAAGGCGGUGCUGCCUCCACUGGCACAUGCGGGGAUGCUGCACGUGUGGCUGCUUCCAGCACUGCUACUGACCACCCCCCCUGCACCCGCCGUGAGCGCGGGGUGCAGCGUCUCACCCUGCGCCACCCCCAUGGCCACGCCCCGCCGCCCGCUGCUGCCCCGCGCUCAGAAGGCGCGUCUGACCCGUGGCAGGGGCUGCUGUGCUCUGGUGCACGGCAGGCCGGCAGCGGGCAGGGCAGUGAGACAGGCAGUGAGGAGGAGAGUGAGGGGGGCAGUCAGAAGGGGAGUGGGGAGGACAGUGAGGAGGGAAGUGGGCAGGGCAUUGAGGAGGAAAGUGAGGAGGAAAGUGGGGAGGGAAGUGGGGAGGAAAGUGAGGAGGAAAGUGGGGAGGGAAGUGGGGAGGGAAGUGGGGAGGGAAGUGGGGAGGGUCUACUGAGUGCGGAGGGUCUACUGAGUGGGGAGGGCCCCCGAAUAAGGAAAGUCUGGCGGCGGUCAGAGCAGGGCGGUGAGGCAGAGGCGGGAGGAAGGGCGGAGGGCGAGAGGCACAGGCGUGUGGAGAAGGUGGAGAGGCGAGUGCGAGGAGAGCAGGCGGGGCGCACGCACGGGUGCUGUGGGCGAGAGAUGCUGGGCGCUGGUGGUGGCCGGCGAGAGCAGCGCCGGGCACACAGGGCGAGGAGCAAGGCGGAACACGUGCAUGCCGCGGGGGAGGAGAGCAAGGCGGAACACGUGCAUGCCGCGGGGGAGGAGAGCAAGGCGGAACACGUGCAUGCCGCGGGGGAGGAGAGCAAGGCGGAACACGUGCAUGCCGCGGGGGAGGAGAGCAAGGCGGAACACGUGCAUGCCGCGGGGGAGGAGAGCAAGGCGGAACACGUGCAUGCCGCGGGGGAGGAGAGCAAGGCGGAACACGUGCAUGCCGCGGGGGAGGAGAGCAAGGCGGAACACGUGCAUGCCGCGGGGGAGGAGAGCAAGGCGGAACACGUGCAUGCCGCGGGGGAGGAGAGCAAGGCGGAACACGUGCAUGCCGCGGGGGAGGAGAGCAAGGCGGAACACGUGCAUGCCGCGGGGGAGGAGAGCAAGGCGGAACACGUGCAUGCCGCGGGGGAGGAGAGCAAGGCGGAACACGUGCAUGCCGCGGGGGAGGAGAGCAAGGCGGAACACGUGCAUGCCGCGGGGGAGGAGAGCAAGGCGGAACACGUGCAUGCCGCGGGGGAGGAGAGCAAGGCGGAACACGUGCAUGCCGCGGGGGAGGAGAGCAAGGCGGAACACGUGCAUGCCGCGGGGGAGGAGAGCAAGGCGGAACACGUGCAUGCCGCGGGGGAGGAGAGCAAGGCGGAACACGUGCAUGCCGCGGGGGAGGAGAGCAAGGCGGAACACGUGCAUGCCGCGGGGGAGGAGAGCAAGGCGGAACACGUGCAUGCCGCGGGGGAGGAGGAGGAGGGGACGCGCACGCACCAAUGCGCAACAGGUUCUCUCGUUCUUCCGGUGUGCCCCCAUCAGCUGGCGUCCAUUAAGGCGCGGCUCGAAGGAGCGCUGCUCUCCAAUGCAGCAGCGGGGCAAGCGCGAGUGCUGCUGUGGUACCUGGCCAGCCUCGACAUCUCCCCGCCUCUCCUGCGCCACUCCGGCCUCCUCUCCUGCAUCGCCCGCCUCGCAUUUCCCUCCCACCACUCCCACGUGCCCACGUCAUCGCCAAACCGCAUGCCGUGCCACCCACCUGCGGCUGCCGCCGCUGCUUCUGCUGCUGCCGCUGCGCCACGCCAUGUGGGCGGGCAGAAGGCAGGAGAGGCAGGGCGGCAGGCGCAGCAGGUGGAUGAGAGGGUGAGGCGCCUGCUGGCGGAGCGAGCAGAGGCGCUGUGCAGGCAGUGGCGUGGGGAGGGGUGGUGA